AAAUUUUAGACUGGCAAAGACUCUUGAAUUACACAAUACUCCUGAAUCAUCGGCUGUGCCUGCUGGAGAAUUUCUAUGACACCCAUUUCUGGAGUUUGUGGUUCAGGCUUUUAUAUUAGUCAGAUGGCUCUAAGUAGAGAAGUUAUUAGGUAGCACACAAUACUUAAUUAUUAAGUUAAUAGUUAACUUUCCCCAGCAGCCAACUGCCAGUUCGGUGCACUAUUAAGUUCAGGGGACAGAAAACAACAAGAGAGAAAACAACUGGCAUUGGCAACCAACAAUUUAUCUAUUUAUUCAAUUUAUCGAGCUGCCUAAUCCAAAGCCGAUUUAUUAGCAUCCCGGACGGUUUUGUCGGGGGAUUUAAGAGAUCAGCUGCCAAAAAAUUAAAAAAUAAAAAUAAAAAAGUUGUUUAAAACAUUCGGAGAAAAAGGAAACGCUAUGAUGCGCCUGAGAGAGAAAAUCCGGGAUCUUCACUUAGAAGCGAGAAACAAAUCGCUCCGUGGUAAAAAAAUAAAAUAAAAUAAAUAAAUGUGGCCGCGAAGAGCCUUUUUCAAAGCUGCGGGGCUUUCCAGGCCAGCCUUUCGGCAGCCUCUUCCAGGGCGCCGCGGGAGGCUCUUCCAGGGCCCGGGACGAACCUUCCAAGCCGGCCUCGGGGCCUCCAGGAAAGCGGUGGAAGACGAACUUUCGCAAUGGUAGUUCCUCCGCGGUUUCUGCAGAAGUUGAGAGGGUUCAGACACACAAGCUGGGGCGGGGGGGAAAUAGGACCGCGAAGCUCCACGUGACUCAUCCGCACAACAUUCAUGGGAAGCCGAGAGAAAGAUUAGUAAAAGUUUUGUCCCACCGAGGACCUUCGCGCAAGAAUCGCGCCUUCCUUCCUUCCCACUCUUCCUCCUCCUCUUUCCCAUUUUUCCCCCCUUUGUUCUCGGAAAGCCAUUCCCCAUUAAGGGUGGGGAACCCGAGUGGUGCCAGACGGAAGUUGGGAUUCUCUAUCAUUUGCCGUUUCCCCGACGCGUGUUUAACUUGGGUAACGUAGGAACGGAGCAAAGCCGACCUGGCACCUCCACCUCUCCCUUCUCCACGGGAGCAUCUUUUACGCCCCCCCCCGGCCCCCUCGGCCUGGAGACGGAGAAGAAAUGGGUGUCAACUGGGCUGCUGUUUAUAUUUUGAAUCUUUUCCGGGACCUGUUUCUCCCCUUGGCAAGGGGGAUUUGUAAUUUUUCUAACCUGCUGACCUUUCCCACAGCUGCUAUUCAACCUUCUCAGGCUGGUAGAAACGUAGCUAAGUAUUGCCAAAGAAGCCAUUGACCUAUUUGGAGAAGUGGACUUAGAGAGGAAGAAAAUUCUAGGGAACCAAUUCAAUGCAGGACAACAAUAAAGAGUGGAGGGAGAUAUCCAGAUUAGGAAGUUCUGAAUUCUCCAUUACAUCAGCUGCCACCAAACUGGACUAUAUUCAGCAGAAGAACCAAAAUUUGAACUUUAAGCAACAACUUUAAAUAACCAGGUUUAAGAGUUCUUUUAAUGUGAAACUCAGAAUGUUGUGCUUUGGAAGGCUUAAGGGUUCAAGAGCUCCGUGAACCAGAAUCACAGAAGGACAACCUGUCAACCCCAUGCUGAGAACGUCAUCAUUUCAGAUCACAUAAUAUUUCUGGAACUGGGGUAACAGAUGGACCGUUGGAUGUUCUGCACGAUACUUCUCUGCAUACUGUUAUGUCUUGGUCUGGUUCAGAAUCAAGACAAUAAGGUGUUAGAACCAAGAAACCUUAGGAUUUACUCAAAUAAUUCUCUUCAGCAACUGCUACUGGAAUGGGAUGUUAAAGAUGAAGCAUAUAAUUCCAAAAUAGACAUUGUUUUUAACAUCCAAAUUCGUUUAGGAGAAGAAGACAAAAGAAUUAUUUUGAACGUGAAUUACAGAACAGUUCUCAAUAAAUCAAGGCAACAUCACCAAUGGAAUUUUAUCUCUGAGGUACCCUUGCAAUGUGCAACUCAUGAAGCCAGAAUAAGGAGCAGAGUGGCAUCUUCUAAAAUUUGGAGUUCCUGGACUGAUUGGGUAGCAGCAAAGGGCCCGGAUGCUCUCAGUAAUGAAACAAUUCACGUCUUUCCUGAGGAAAAAGUAUUUGAGCGAGGUUCCAACAUCACAUUUUGCUGCAUUGCGAAGAAAAAUAAACAUGUAACCAGUUUUACAUUUUACGAUGAUCACAGAGUUAUGGAGACAAAACGACGAAUAGUAUUAUUGACUAAAAAGCCUGCAUCUUAUUACCCUCGUCGAUUUCAACUCACUUGUGGUUUUAACGACACUAGCGAGUCAGUUUAUCUCUACCUCACCAGGCAGCCUGAUAAACCCAAAAAUCUGAGCUGUGAAACUGAGGACAUGAUCAAUAUUAGAUGUAGUUGGGAUCCUGGAUAUGUAGACACACCCUAUUACUUUGAGGAAGUCUGUCCAAUGAAGUUUAUUCUGUCUGAUGUCUCUUCUACAAAAAUAUAUUGCAGUACAAAUAUAUUUUUGGACAACAAUAGCAGUUGUUCAUUCAAGAGGGACAACCAAUUCCUAUACAAUCUAAAGUUAACCUCCAGAAAUUGCCUUGGACAGAAACAUGGGCAGCUAAGUUUUAAUGUAACGCACAGAGUUCGUCCUGUAAUUAUCGGUAAACCAUCAGCGGAUCAUCUAAAUGCUACUUUCAUUCGGUUAUCUUGGCAGAUAAAACCAAUAAAUGCAAAGCUACCAUUGCUAUGCCAGAUCAAUGUUGGCAAGAAUAUGUACAAUAUCACAGCGCAGUCGGAUUCAGAUUCUCAUUUCCACUUUCAACUGGGUGGACUGAAGCCUGCUACAAACUAUAAAUUUAAAGUACGCUGUGCUGUCAGUCCCUUCUGGAAAUGGAGUAGCUGGACAAAGAAUAUAUCUGCUGAGACCACUGAAUCUGCUCCAUCAGGAUUGCUUGAUGUCUGGAGACAUAUUAACUCAGGCUUGGAGCAACGUAACGUAACUGUAUACUGGAGGGAAUCCUCAGAUUUUCGUGCUAAUGGGAAGAUCCAAAAAUAUCACCUAUCCUGGGAAAAUUUAGAGGACCCUUCGGUGCAGCAUCACAAUCACUCAGUUUCUGCACCACAGAACUGCACAAAAAUUUCUCUUGGCAACCGUUCAUACAAAAUCCUUGUUUGGGCACAGAACAGAGCAGCUACAUCCUCUCCCUCUGUGAUCAUCAUCCCAGCAACUGAUAAAAAUGGUAAAGCGCUUUAUAGCGAAGAGACCACAGACAAAAAUGAAGAACAUAAAAUUUAUAUUUCUUGGAAGCGUCAAAGCAAGUUCAGUCAGUAUGUUGUUGACUGGUGCAACCAGCCCAGAGAUACUUCGUGUGAUUUUCAGUGGAAAAAGUAUGGAGGAACCAAGUCCAGUGAUCUCAUUACAUCUGAUGCCUUCAAACCUGGGGUAAGAUACACUUUUAAUGUGUAUGGAAUACAAGGCGAUAGAAGUUAUUUAUUGGAAAAGAAGGCCAAAUAUCUUGAAGAAAUGGAACCACCACAUUACCUCUCAUGUAAUAUAGAUACAAUCACUGCAAAUUCAUUAAGAGUCACUUGGGAACAAUAUGAUCAAAAAUUCAGCUCCGGUUUUAUUAGAGGUUACAUGCUUUAUAUGAAAAUGGAUAAUCAAAACUGUUCAGUACAAGGAUCCAAACCAUUAAUACAUCCAGGUAAUCUGAUGAUAUGCAGUUACAAAAUUGAAAAACCAAACCAAACUGAAUUCACAGUGAGACAUUUGAAACCCAAUACAAAGUACUUAUUUGCGCUUCAGGCUUAUGCUGUAAAUCCCAAUUAUACUGACAAUGUCUUCUUUACACCAGUGUUUACACCAGAUGAUGGAAAAUGGCUUUUCAAUCUACUUUAUCUACUACUGGUUAUCCCAUUAGUAGUGAUGUGUAUCUGCUCCAGGAAAAAUAGUUGCGUAAGGAAUUGUUUGUGUCCUGCAGUACCCCAACCUAAAGUGACUCCAUUUUUCAAGAUGAGUCUUGGAAUAACAGAAGUAAAUGAUAUGAUUCCUAACCAAUUAGUCAUGCUGGAGAAGCCUCAGGAAUUCGAUCCCAAACAAUCUACUUUGGGAAUAUUAUUAGAAAAUAUGACAUACUCUCAAUCCACCUAUUACCCGGAAGUGCAGAUAGAAGAGAGAAGAAACCAGAAAUUCAACUCAGGUGUCACAUCCUACAAACCUCUCCAAGACUUUGGUUUUACAAGCAGCCCAAACCCCUGCACCCCAGAAGCAUCCCUCUAUUCAAAAGACAAUUUGAAUUACCUCUACCAAACGGAAGUGCUUCCCUCUAUGAUCCAAGGAACCGAUUCUUCCUGUUCUGUACAUUGGCUAGAUUACAGACCUCAGUGCAGCAUAACUUCCAGAAGAAAUAUAGACUAUUAGAUUAAUAUCCAUAUCGGUUAUUACCGGUAUAUUAAUUUCAGUUUGCUGUGAGCAGCUUUUAAAUAACCAGUAUUAUGUGUUUGCUGGUCAUUAUAACUUCUGAACCAGUGGUGGGUUUCAAAUUUUUUUACUACCGGUUCUGUGGACGUGGCUUGGUGGGCGUGGCAGGGGAAAGAUAUUGUAAAAUCUCCAUUCCCACCCCACUCCAGGGGAAGGUUACUGCAAAAUCCCCAUUUCCUCCCGAUCAGCUGGGACUCGGGAGGCAGAGAAUAGAUGGGGGCAGGGGCAGUCAGAGGUGGUAUUUACCGGUUCUCUGAACUACUCAAAAUUUCCGCUACCGGUUCUCCAGAACUGGUCAGAACCUGCUGAAACCCACUUCUGAUCUGAAUGUCAACUAGUGAAGUUGGGAAAAUUCUGAAGAGGAAAAGAUGGGACAGUCUCUUGUAUUGAUGAAGAAUCAAGCUAUUCUCAACCAAACGUGGACCUGACAUGCAGUAAAUAUGCAUACUUGAAAAAAGAACCUCUCUCUCACGAAUGUGAAACAAGAUGUACAGGGUUGCAUCAUUUCCAGAUGAAUAAGAAAUAAUAUUUUUUAAAAAUCUCUUUAACUUCCUACAACUUGAUUUCUGUCUGCAGUGUUUUAUUAAAUCACCAUUCAGUUUCUUUGCAACUUAAUGGAAAUGGUUUGCUAUUGUUUUCUUCUGGAAAUUUUUAACUUCUGUCUGCUCUGUACCCCUGGUAUGUUCUUUUCAUCUCCAACUGAGCUACUGUUUUAAUUGUUGGGGGAGAAACCAAGAUCAGCCAAGUAGGAGGUGCCAAAAAAAAAGUGUUUCUUAUUUUUCUUUAAAAAUGGGUUCCUUUGGAGUCCAUGGAAGGGCAAAUGACAAAAACGUGUGAUCGCCCCAAAGGCUACCUCCAUCAGAUGUUUGGGACCCAGUAUAAAACUGUAGCAAUCGUGUAAUGGAGUCAUUAUGUGUUGUUAUUUUGGUGUAAUGGUUUGCUGGGGAUACCAAGCAAUCGAUUACGAUUUUUCCUUAUUUCCCCAUUUUAGGGAAACACAUGCCUAAUUUAAUAAUUGUGUAGUUAUAGAACUGACUUAUAAGAAGUAUAUUAAAAAUUGGAGGUUGUAACUGUGUUCGUAUUUUACUGUAUUGGAAAGAGUUGGAAGUCAAUGUAUUUUUUCUUUGGUUUUUUUUUUUUUUGUAUCCUGUUCUCCCCUCUCCCUUUAAUCUUUAUUUUUAUUGUAUUUUAUGCUAUCAUAAACCUUAAUAAAACUUUGAAAAAAUAAAAGUGUGAAUAGCUAGGGGUAGCAGGAUCAGCAAUCAGUGGCUUUCCAGAGAUAUAUCUGAUUUCUGCAUAGCAGGUGUCCUGGAGGGUAGGGGGCAAGGAAGACCAGAGAGUGGAAUGGAACUGAACAACUGAGUCCCUUGGCUGCCAUGAGGUCAACCCUACCUGACAAUGGCCACCUUGCCUAAAACUCACUGGGAUUAUCUGCCAGUUUCUGAAGAGCUCUUAUUGCUUGAUGCUGUUGUGACCUAGGGCCAAGUAGUUAUUACACAACACAGUCCUAAACAAACAUAUUUUAUUAGAACAGCUGAGAAUUACUUCACUCUCAGCUUAGUCCAAAUUUAUUCCAAAACAAGUCCUUCAGAAAAAGUCCUUCGGCCUCAUCACAAACCUUUAUCUGCUUUGGCACCCUGCCAAAGGCUUUUCUUGGCAAAGCCCCACGAAGUUCAGAAACAAGACACCGACAAGAAACAAAUGUAGCAACAUUGCUUUUCUACAAAAAGCCCAAGAGCCUUUGCUGCUCUUUUAAUUUAUUUUAUUUUAUUUUUAUUUUAUUCAAUUUUUAUACCGCCCUUCUCCCGAAGGACUCAGGGCGGUGUACAGCCAAGUAAAAAAUCACA